GCUUGUGGGGUCCUAAACUCAUACCGCUGAAGUCUCUCGGGGGCGAGAGUGGAGCGGGGGGUGGGGGGUUGGCUCGGCUCUCAGUUCACGCUUGCGUAUCAUGGCGGCGGAAGGCCCCGAGGCCCCAGCUGCUAUGGCAACGGAGAACAGGGAAGGCCCGGAGGUUCCAGCUGCCAUGACAACGGUGCCCGGCGUGACGGAGCGGUAUUUUACCCGUUGGUACAAACCAGAUGUAAAAGGUAAUCAGUAUGAGGACCAUUGCAUAUUGCAGCAUUCUAAUAGAAUCUGUGUCAUCACUAUAGCAGAUGCCCAUCCUCUUCUUCAAAAGAAAAAAACAAUUCAGAGUAUUAGUUACCAGAUCAGUGCCAACUGCAGCAGGCUGCAAAAUAAAGUCUCUGGAAAAUCUAAACGGGGUGCUCAGUUUUUAACAGAACUCGCCCCUCUGUGUCGAAUUUUGUGCUCUGAUGGAGAAGAAUAUACUAUAUAUAGCUGUAUAAGAGGGAGAUUGAUAGAAGUGAAUGAAAAGAUUCUGGACAAUCCAUCUCUUCUACAAGAAAAGCCUUCCACAGAGGGAUACAUUGCAGUUGUUUUACCAAAGUUUGAAGAAAGCAAAAGAAUAACCAAGGGGCUUUUGACGCGAAAAGAAUAUGAAGAUAUUUUGUCAAAACGUUUUAAUUCCACAUGAUAGAAUACACAGAAUGAGAACAAAAUAUUUCAUAGCAGAAAAAUGAAUUGUUUAAGACAGUUUCCAGUUUAUCCCAUGAUAAAGUGACUUUAUGGGUUUUCAUACUUAAAAUUUGGAAUAGCAACAUGACUGAAAAGUUGUUCAUUUUCAGCCAGAUGAGGCACAAUCAAGACAGUUUUUAAGCACCCAGAGGCUCCUUUAUUAAUAAGGGUAUCAAUCAUGUACUUAAAUUUCUCCCAGUGAUCUCAAUAGAACUUCAAAAUACCUUAACUGCAGUUCGACCAUAACAGUACUGUUGUAUUUAAAGGAGCAAUGCCAAAAUACUGCCUUGUUUCUAAUGUCAAUAAAAUCUUUUAUUUACCAGUU